UUCUCGACCAGCGUCCUUAUUCACGAAGAAACAGAAAACUGUGAGAAACUACCACUAGUGACGCUCAAGCAUGGCAAGCGUCUCUAAGCAACCACCCCCUUGACCUCCUGUCUGACCAGCUUCACGGACUUGAAUCUCAGGCUGCAAUAUUUCCUCUUGCUCUAGCUACCAUUUUGGCUAGCAAGGGGAAGAACAGUCCUUUUUUUUUUUUUUUUUUUUUUUUCCCCUGUCUGAGAAUUUACUCUCGCCUAACCGUUCUCCUUUUCCCCUGCGCUUAUACAUACAAACGCCGGUCACACCAAGCAAAGGCACAUACGCAGUAAGUUCCUACCAAGCCGUUCUUCCUGACUCCACCAAAAUGGCGAGCGGGGGAUUCCAGGUACCUCGCCUGGGAGGAGCAUGCAGCUGCUUGCAUCAUAGCGACCACUUUUAGGAAUGUAUUCUUGCUGCCUUGGCCAUCAUUUCGAUUUAUAUUUAUGAGCCUAUAUUCUACAUUAUCUCUCUUUCCUAUGAAGAAGAGUAUGUUCAUGAAUUUUGAAACUCGAAAUCUCUUGUAAUUAUUCUUGGUUCCCGCUGCUGGCUCGGCGUUUGUUCUGCUUCUUAACCUAUACCUUUUAUCACUUCCGUUCAAUAAUUUCGAUGGUGUUUUCAUCAGGUGAUUCCCCGGAUGCUAUCCGGAACCACUUGAUUGCUUUCAUUGGAGAGUUUGUGGGGACGUUCAUGUUCCUCUUCACUGCGUUUGCAGGUACUCAGGUUGCCAACGAGAAAACUGGUCCCGGAGUGGAUAGCCUUCUUUACAUUGCAGCUGCCUUCGCCGCUUCGGUAACUGUGAACGCAUGGAUCUUUUUCCGCGUCAGCGGUUCGGCCUUUAACCCGGUUGCUUCCCUUUCGCUAUGGCUUCUUGGUGCAAUAUCCCUCGCGAGAUUUGGUGUGGCAGCUCUCGCUCAUAUGGCGGCUGGCAUUGCGGCCUCGGCAGUUGUGGCAAUCCUAUUCCCAGGUCCUCUUACCGUUCAGGCCCGGUUAGGACCUGGAACAACUGUCGUGCAAGGCCUCUUCAUCGAGGCUUUUUUGACCGCCCAGUUGAUGAUCGCUGUCCUCAUGCUGGCUGUGGAAAAGCAGCGGGCCACAUAUCUAGUCCCUCUUGUGGUCGGCAUUGCUGUUUUCAUUUGCGAAAUUGCUGGUGCCCGCUAUAGUGGAGGAGCCCUCAGUCCGGCUCGUGCCUUUGGGCCCGAUCUUGUCUUGGGUGACUUCGCUCCAUACCAUUGGAUAUAUUGGGCUGGCCCGACCCUUGGCUCCCUCGCUGCAACUGGGUUCUUCUAUCUUCUAAAGAUGCUCAAAUAUGAAACUUGUAACCCGGGAGCGGACUCCGAUGGUCUGGAGCGCUUUGAUGGCCUAGAUUCCAAAGUAUAA